AUGGGAAGUUUCAAAAAGGAAAAGGCCCGCCGGACCCGCGAGGGCAAGACCGGUGAGGGCAUCAAGGUCAAGGGCGAGAACUUCUACCGCACCGCCAAGCGGGUAAAGCAGCUCAACAUCUUGAAGGAGGGCAAGGCACAGAGGAACGCCGAUGGCAAAAUUGUCAAGGCUGCAUCCUAUCAGUCUCGCGAUGUCCCGAAUGCGAGAAUCGAGCCAAAUCGAAAAUGGUUCUCCAACUCCCGUGUCAUUUCGCAAGAGUCUCUGACUGCUUUCCGAGAAGCAAUGGCGGAGAGACAGAACGACCCGUAUUCAGUCCUUCUCAAGAGCAACAAGCUACCGAUGUCUCUCGUUCGCGAUGGCCAAGACACAGAAAAUGGCGUCAAGAAGCACCAUGCUAAAAUGACUGUCGAGAGCUCGCCGUUCUCCGAGGUUUUUGGGCCGAAGAUGCAGAGGAAAAGAGUCAAGCUGAGCGUCGCAAGCAUAUCGGAGCUCGCAGAUGAUACUGAGAAGAGUCUCGAUAAAUAUCAUGACCGACUUGAGGAGAUAAAACUCUUGAGUGGACAGUCUGGUGGCGAUGCUGGUCAACCUGGAGCCUCUGCCGAGGAUGAUGCAAACGUUACCACUGCUACGGAAGCCGUUUUUAGCAAAGGACAGUCCAAGAGGAUAUGGAACGAACUCUACAAGGUCAUCGAUUCUUCAGACGUCAUCCUACACCUUCUCGAUGCUCGGGAUCCUCUGGGAACACGGUGUCGCAGUGUGGAGCAGUAUCUAAAAAAGGAGGCUCCCCACAAGCACCUAGUCUUUGUACUCAACAAGUGUGAUCUUGUUCCCACAAAGGUUGCUGCACAAUGGGUGAGAGUUCUCCAAAAGGAAUAUCCUACUGCGGCUUUCCGCGCCAGCAUGACGAACCCGUUUGGAAAGGGAAGCUUGAUCAACCUUCUUCGGCAGUUCUCAAAGCUGCACUCCGACCGCAAGCAAGUAUCAGUGGGCCUUAUCGGUUAUCCGAAUACUGGCAAGUCCAGUGUCAUCAAUACCUUACGGGGCAAGAAAGUUGCUACCGUUGCCCCUAUUCCUGGCGAGACGAAAGUCUGGCAGUACGUCACUCUCAUGAAGAGGAUAUACCUGAUCGACUGCCCUGGUAUUGUCCCACAGCAGCAUCAUGACUCGCCUCAAGAACUACUCCUACGAGGUGUCGUGAGAGUCGAGAAAGUAGACAACCCCGAGCAGUACAUUCCAGCGGUGUUGGCAAAGGUCAAACCGAAGCACAUGGAAAGGACUUACGAAUUAUCUGGGUGGAAGGACCACAUACACUUCCUCGAGCUGCUAGCAAGGAAAUCAGGUCGCUUGCUCAAGGGUGGUGAGCCGGAUCUCGACUCGAUCGCAAAGAUGGUCUUGACAGACUUCAUGCGCGGUCGAAUCCCCUGGUUCACUGCUCCUCCGACGGUUGAGGGUGACGAUGGAGAAGUUACCGAGGGUCGCGAGGGUCGCUUAGGGGAGAUGCCCAAGAAGAGGAAACGUGAUGACGUAGAAGUUGCACCAGAGUCAACACCAGUCAAGCCUUCACCCAGCAAAGACAUUGAAGAGGAUGAAGGUGACUUCGAGGGCUUUGGUAGCGAAAGCGAACCGGAAAUUGAGUCGGAUUCCGAAUCAGCAAGUGGGGAUAGUGAGGAUGUCAUUCCUCUGGAUGUUUCAAGCGAUGAGGAGGAUGACGCAGAGAGCGACGAUGCAGAGGACGACAACGAUGAAGAUGAGGGAGAAUCCUCAGGAGUGGACUAUCCAGACGAAGAAAGUGAGGAAGAGGCGAGGCCAGUGGUAGAUGAGCCGCAACUCUCAAAUCGCAAGCGUCGUAAACAGUGA